AUGGAUUCGUUGAUUGCACAUGCUUUGACCAGUUUAAGCUUUGACGAACGACAAAGACAACAAGAAGUCCUUCAUGGAGUUGCCACAGAAAUUCCGGAGAAUGCGCAAAUGCUCAGUGAAGCCUUUGAAACUUUGCACUGUCAUCUAGAGAAAAUCAAACGAGUCGGAAGUUCCUAUCAGAUGGCAGAGUCUUUAGAUGUUUCCUAUGUUUCAGACAAGGCCUUUCGACUCAUGUUCUUGCGAGGCAACCGGUUUGAUGCUAAAGCGGCAGCAGAUCAGAUGAUCCGCUUUUUUGAUAUGAAGCAUCAAUUGUUUGGAAGAGACAAGCUCACCAAGGAUAUCACGAUUGAAGAUUUAGAUGAGGAUGACCUUGCUUUCAUGAGAGCAGGUAGCGUUCAGGUCACGGAAACAGAUCGUGCAGGACGUCCUAUUUGGUUCGCCUUGCCAGGACUCCGUGCCUUCAAGUGUCUUCAGAAUGAGUUACGAGCUCGAUACUACAUGGCCAUGGAACUCUUAAAGUCCGAACAGGCACAACGAAGGGGCAUUGUGUCCAUUACCUAUGCCAUUGGGCGAUAUCGCGAUUGUAUGAAUGGCACCGGGUAUGUGGAGUUGGUGAGACAGGUACUUGCGCUUCCCUUUCACAAAGCAGCGCUCCACAAUUGCGUGAGUGAUCCGAAAGAGUACAUUUUGGGCUCCGCUGCCAUGGCAGUCAUUCCCGUCAAAGAUCGAUCCCGUAUACGAUUGCACUUGGGCUCGCACAUGGAGAUCCACUACAUUUUGUCGACGUAUGGAAUACCGUCGAGCAAACUACCCUUGCAUCCAAAGACGAAUGACGCUAUCUUGGACCGGCACAUGCGAUGGUACAAUGACUGUCUGGCACGAGACACUGGUGGCCACCAAUUUGUUGUUGAAAAACAGAUGGAUACCAUCAUGUCGGAUACUAGCAUUGUGGAACAAAAACAACAUCAUUUUGCAUCUGCAAUUGGCAGCAAUGAUCCUAUGGUCGUGGAGCGACCAGGUCGUAACGAUGUGGUACUAGGAAGAAACAACAAGGGACAUGGGAAUCAACUCAUGAUGAGCUUGGUAAAGGACUUGGCAAAGGAUUAUGAUUCCGCGGGCCGAGGUGAAAAAUGGACCAUUGCCGAUUCCAUUGUUCAGCGAAUACGCGAACAAGGAGGAAGAUUCCUCCAACAGCAAUCUGAUGGCAAUUGGGAAGAAGUGGCCAAUGAUUUUGCAAGAUCUAAGAUUUCCAAGUGUUUUAGAAAUCAUAGACGAAUCAAGAAAAAGAAUGGCGGAAGUAGUCUUGAUUUGACGGUGCCAAUUGUCGGAGACUUUGACUUUUAG